AUGUCUCUGAUAAAGGACUUCCAUCUAGUUUAUCAUUCUCUUAAUGAAGAGGGUAUUUUUUCUGAAGGAGAUACUAUCUCAGGCACCGUGACUUUUACUUUGACAAAACAAACCAACGUGAAGGGGCUGAUGGUGAAAGCCAAAGGGGACGCCAAUGUACACUGGAAAGAGUGCAGUGAAAAUGGCGAGACAACAUACAGUGCACACAAGAGAUACUUUAAACUCAAACAGUAUCUGGUUCCAGAACAUACGAAAGGCACUGUUCUUCCCAGAGGAGUCCAUAACUUUAAGUUCCAUUUAAAAAUUCUGUUUAACAGCGACAUGCCAUCAUCCUUCAGGGGGGCUCAUGGAAAAAUUGUCUACAUGCUUGAGGCAAAGAUGUCCAUGAGCUGGUGUUGGCCUACUAAAAAACAAACAGAGUUCAAAUUUGUUUCAAAGUCCCUUUCACAUCGCGGCCAGGUAAUGUGUCCCCAGUUUGGUUCGGUGGGUAAAAAGGUGGGUGUUUUCUCCAAGGGAUGGGUCCAAAUGUCUACUACUGUUCACACAAAGGUUUGCUCUCCAGGUACAGUGUAUUUGGACAUCAAAUUUGCCUUUGACCCAGAGGUGGUGUUUCCACUGGUCAUCGUUCCUUCAAGCUUUGCUGCUCUUCAGCCUGAGGAGGCUGCUGGGGGCGCAAGUUACAGUGACUCCCCUGCCUCUGCCUUCCCUGUUGGACCUUAUCCUGCACCUGCGGUGCCAAAUCUCGCUCCAUAUGCAAACAUGACAAGUGGCUUUAAUUAUCAGUGGCCACAACAAAUGUUUCCAGCUGCAGCUUCAUCUUCAGCGCAGCAUCAAACCCUGAUUGCUACACCUCUGUUUCAACAGGGAGAAGCACCUCCUUCUUACGAGUCCGUUUUCUCACCUUCUUAG